CUUACCAUGACUUAACUAGUCCACAAAAGAAGACAAGAGAAGAGGUGGCUCGAGACCAAAGCCACAUCAUAGCUUUCCAAAUUCCUUCAAAGUCACAGUUUCAUAACAACUCAAACCAAAACAAAAAAAAAAAAGAGAAAAAAAGAAUGGAGAAUCUAAUGGGUCUUCUGAGAAUUCAUGUGAAGAGAGGUGUGAAUCUCGCCAUUAGAGAUCUCUCUAGCAGUGAUCCUUACGUCGUUGUCCACUUUGGUAAACAGAAGCUGAAAACACGUGUGGUGAAACACAGUGUAAACCCCGAGU